GAGGUUCCGGCCAAGUUGGCGCAGGCGCACUGGUUUCGCGUGACUUUCGAGCGCCCGGAUCAGGUACCAAGGUGUCAUGGAAGGUCUGCUGACAAGAUGCAGAACACUAUCUGCCUUGACUACCUGCAGCCUCCAUCACUCCAGGUAUACCAUCCACAAAUGUUACCAUUGUGCGCCAGGGAGAGGGCAGCGCUUGGUAUUAUCCCGCAUGUUCCAGCCUCAGAACCUUCGAGAAGACCAGGUGCUUUCUCUGGAUGGCAAAGCUAGUGACCUGACCAGUAAGAAUCAGAGGCUGAUGCUACAAGUGGGCCUGAUCCUUCCAGCCAGCCCCGGCUGUUACCACCUCAUGCCCUAUACAGUUCGUGCCAUGGAGAAGCUGGUGCGGGUGAUAGACCAGGAGAUGCAGGCCAUUGGUGGGCAGAAAAUCAAUAUGCCCAGCCUCAGCCCAGCUGAGCUGUGGCGGGCCACUAGCCGCUGGGACCUGAUGGGCAGGGAGCUGCUGAGACUGAGAGACAGGCACGGCAAAGAGUACUGCUUGGGACCAACUCAUGAGGAAGCAGUUACAGCCCUGGUUGCCUCCCAGAAGAAACUGUCCUACAAGCAGCUCCCCUUACUGUUGUACCAGAUUACAAGGAAGUUUCGGGAUGAGCCUAGGCCCCGUUUUGGUCUUCUCCGUGGCCGGGAGUUCUAUAUGAAGGACAUGUACACCUUUGACUCCUCCUCUGAGGCUGCCCAGGAGACCUAUGGCCUGGUGUGUGAUGCUUAUUGCAGGCUGUUUGACAGGCUGGGGUUGCAAUGGAUGAAGGCCAGGGCAGAUGUGGGCAGCAUCGGGGGCACAAUGUCCCAUGAAUUCCAGAUACCAGUGGACAUUGGAGAGGACCAGCUUGUGGUCUGUCCCAGCUGCCACUUCUCAGCCAACACGGAGAUAAUAGACUUUUCACAAAAAAUCUGCCCUGACUGCCAGGGUCCACUGACAGAAACCAAAGGCAUUGAGGUGGGGCACACAUUCUACCUCGGUACCAAGUACUCUUCCAUUUUCAAUGCCCACUUUACCAGUGCCCAUGGGAAACCUUUGCUGGCUGAAAUGGGGUGCUAUGGCCUGGGAGUCACUCGGAUCCUGGCUGCUGCCAUCGAAGUUCUCUCCACAGAAGACUGUGUCCGCUGGCCUAGCCUCCUUGCCCCUUACCAAGUCUGUGUCAUCCCCCCUAAGAAGGGCAGCAAGGAGGCAGCAGCCACAGAGAUUGUGGAACAGUUAUAUGAUGACGUCACAGAGGCAGUGCCUCAGCUCCGAGGGGAGGUCCUGCUGGAUGACAGGACCCACCUGACCAUUGGAAACAGACUGAAAGAUGCCAACAAGCUUGGCUACCCCUUUGUGAUCAUUGCAGGCAAAAGGGCCUUGGAGGACCCUGCACACUUUGAGGUUUGGUCCCAGAACACUGGUGAGGUGCUCUUCCUCACCAAAGAGGGAGUCAUGGACUUACUGACUGGUGUGCAUGUCGUCUGAGUGCCCAGCCACACCUGCAUGCAGGCUUGGUGUCCACUGUAACACUGCAGUUCCCUCCACUUCUCUCCUGCUUGGUUUCUCCAGAAAUGGCUUGUCAUGGAAGGUGAAAGCGUAUUAGGAAAAACUACUCCUUGCUUGUGAUGGUUUGUAUUUAGUCAUUAACUCGAUCCUCCUUGGGCUGGCUGUGCUACCAUAUGCCAUUCCUUUUACAUGUAGACACUUCUGUUAGGAGGCUGAAAGGUGACUUUCCCUUGAGCUGGGUUAAAAGCUGGGCCCAAUACUUCCCCAACCCCACCCUAUAUUCUGAUCACAUGCCUUGCAUUUCAUUCAAUCCAGAGAGCAGGGCUAGUGGCCCUUCUCUACCCAGAAGCCCCAAGCGGCAGAGUCAGGAACCUGGCUGCUGCUAAUUCACUGGUGACUUGACAUACCCCUGCUGGGGCCUGGGAUUCCCAUCUAGACAUGGAGAUGGAGGACUGUAAGAUCCUAGGGCUCUCACUGAGUGGCUCUACGAGACACAUGGGUCUGGUUGCUCAUGCCUCUAAGCUUCCCCAGAAGUUUUCAUAACUGCCGGAUGGCCCAAAGCUACCUCCAGAUACCUAACCCUACUGGGUCAAUUCACACUGAGAUCAUGUUCUGUUGAUUGAAUAAAGUCAAGCCUUUGGGGUGAACUUUG